AGAAGGAUGCAUGCAUUGAUUCAUUAUAUACCAGUGAAUUGGCUGCAAAUUCGAAGCUAGGAACUUAUUAAGCAUAGAAAGUGUUGUGACAAUCGCAUGGAGAAUUCUUAGCGGUAGCGGAGUGGAUACUGUCAUGAAUUGCGACCUGAUGCCAUGUGUUUUUCUAACAGGAAUCGCUUUACUAAUUUUUGAUUGUUGUAUCAGCCAGAAGACGGUCACUAUCAGAAAGUCGGCCAGCCUCGGUGGUCAGCAGAAACUGGACUGUGACCUCAAGUAUCCCCGAGGUCAGCCCGUCCCCUACAUCAUACAGUGGAAAAAAGAUGGCCUCCAGCAACCCAUCUUCAUCAAGUACGAUGGCUACCCGGCACAGGUACCCUACCAGCAACACCGUGGCCGCAUCGAGCUAGCCGAUAUCGUAUCUCUGGAGAUCAGUCACAUCGAGGCAGAAGAUGAGGGAUGGUACGAGUGUAAUAUCAUAUUCAUAGAUGGCGCUGAAGAGACGACGGUCAACGGGUCAUGGAUCUACCUGACAGUGCAUUCUCCUCCCAGGAUAAUUGCCAGCUCCCGGAAACUACUUCAACAUCGGAGAGGCGAGUCCAUCACACUCUUCUGUCGCGGGAAAGGAUCUCCCAAACCGACCCUCUCGUGGUACAAAGAUGGACGCCCUUUGCAAGAUUCAUUGCGUGUGCGUGUGGAGAACAAGGAUGUGAAGAUCAGCAACGUGCAGCGGGAUGACGGUGGAAUAUACAUGUGUACUUUCAGUAACUCUGUGGGGGCCAUAUCACAACUCAUAAAGCUGGUGGUAGAAGGCGGCCCCUACAUCAUGGUACUGCCCCACAACCUCACCGCCAUCGAAGGACAAAGGAUAAAGUUUUCGUGUGGUGCAGAGGCCUACCCCAACAACAUCACGUACAGCUGGUUCAAGGAGGGCAUUGACGUGGAGACUCUGCCAGGCUUCCAGGUGGGCCGGAUCAGCAUCAGUCUGGAUGGGAGCCUACUCAUCUCCUCCGUCAUCAAAGAUGACAUGGCCUGGUACAUGUGUCGCCCUAGCAACGGCAUCGGAGAAGAUGAAGCAUCGGCAUAUCUCAAUGUUACAUAUUUUCCAAAGGUUCUUCCCAUGCCAAGCCAGCUAACAUGGGCUAAAGGUUUUCGUGAAAAGAUCGACUGUCCAGUUGAUGCCAAUCCUUCGAUGACGUCGACGAUAUGGACGAAGGAUGCCAUGAUCUUGGACGGCACGAACCGUAUGGCUAUUCUGACCAAUGGCACGCUUGUGAUCCGUAACGUGACGCUGCUGGACAGUGGCAGCUACAGCUGCACCCCGGUCAGUCUGCUGGGUCGCGGGGAGACGUCGCCACACGUGCAGGUUAUUGUUAGAGAUGUACCGGACCCUCCGUACUUCAUCCUCCGUCCGAGACCUCUCUACCAGAAGAAUCCAGGGCAGUCUGUCGUACUGCCGUGUUCCGCCACCGGUACCCCGGAGCCAUCGCUCAGCUGGAGGAAGGUCCAAGGCAGGGUGGAGAUCAAUGAGAGGGUACGCAACAUGCAAGGCAACCUGUCUCUCACCAACCUGGGGAAGGAAGACCAUGGGACAUAUGAAUGUGUGGCCAGUAACUCCAUUGCAACCAUCAUCGCUGUCACCGAGCUGCGUGUCAUGAACACAACGCCCCACGCCCCCUACAACGUCAGCGUGGCGACGGACCUGUUCUCCGCCCGUGUCACCUGGGAACCAGCCUACGAUGGAGGGAGCCCACAGACAUACAUAUUAUGGUUUCGCGUUGGGGCAGAGGACAGCACAAACUGGGAGACAAUGCGGGUCCCUCAGGGGUCAACGACCUUCACCUUGUACACUCUGAUGCCCAACACGAUGUAUGAGUUUAUGGUGCUGUCCCGGAACGAGUAUGGUGACGGAAUGUACAGUAAAAGAGUCCUCGCAAAGACACGAGGAUUUCAUAUGGACUUGGUAACGGCUUUGCCUACAGAUGGGUAUGGGUCAACAUAUAUACCAGAUAUAAAAGAAUCUAUUGGUCCGUCACCAAGCCCCCCGCAGAACGUCACGGCAAGAGUUACGGAUGAUGGAAUACUGGUGUCAUGGCAACACCCUCGCAACACAUCCGUUCCAAUAUUUUCCUUCACUGUUGACUUUAGGACAGACGGACUUUGGACGCGUUACAACGAUAAAAUAUCAUUAUCAGAUGCGCCGCCUAUCCUUAUGAAAGACAUGGCGCCGGGUACCACCUAUCAGAUACAGGUCAUAUCUAAUGGCGUGUUAGCAAUGAGCGAACCAAGCAAUAUUGUUACCGUGACAACCAAAUCAGCUAUCCGAAGAUCGUCCUCCAACAGUGCGUCAUCUGAGUCGCUAACUCUACCUGACGCUCUGAUUGGUGGAAUCAUAGGUGGGCUUCUGUUCCUGCUGGUGGCCAUAUUGUUAGCUGUUAUAGCCGUCAUCCACAGUAGGAAGAAGGAGCAGAAGACUAAAGCCAAUAAUAGAUUUACCGAUGUAAAUUAUUCUAAGCCAGAAGAUACAGACAGUAGACAUCAAACUCCGCCAAAAUGGGAUAGGUGGCAGCACGGUAGAGGAGGAGACGCUUUGACGACUCAUAAUGGCGGUCAGCAUGGGGUGUUUGUCCUGCCCCAAACCGCUGACCUCGACACUAAACGGGACAUGCAUCAGUCAGUUCUUCGAGACAGUCGACUUUACGAUCGGGAUCACCCCAUGUACAACCCAGAUUCCGGCUACCGUGUGGCUCCCUCUAGUGGCAGAAGUGUCCAUGAUUCCAUGCCAAUGGCUACAGUGUCUCUGUCCCGAGCUCCAAGCAGAGGAAGUCGCAGCAUGUCGCCUGGGCAACCAAGGGAUGAACCUGAUUGGCCGAGAAGAUAUCAAGAUGAUAUGUAUCCAUCGUCAGUAGUUCCACCUGGUGAAAGAUCUGGACACUAUCCUGAUUCAUACCAUUCACCUCAGUAUCCAUCAAGUUAUCCCGAUCUGUAUUCUAAAGGUAGUCACCCGAUGAGAGGCCCAUCCCUCUCACCCGUUGCCGGUGGUUACGAUGGUCCAUUCCAGAGUUUCGAAGAUGACGAUGACGUGUUCCCGAUCCAGCAUCGCAACAACGUGCCUUCCACUACCACCAGUAGACCUGGGUUUCCUCGCCACAGUUCCAUGAAACCUGCAGCCCAGCAACAAACAUAUCUCACAGAGCCCAGCCCUUCCUAUGGACUCAAUGACAUCAGUUCUGUUCUGCCCUCCUCGUUCUCCGACCCCUCCCGUGACCCCUCCUCCAUCAGAUACCCUUAUGAUCCCUAUGAGCCUUCAGUAAAAGGUAUGUCAUCCCAGCCGGAGCGCCGAGCUCCGCGAUACCCACACGAUGCUUCACCUUGGGAUGAUUCAUCGCGACAUUCAUCACGUUCUCGAAGUCGAGAAGGUUCUUACCGACCAAGAAGCAGAGAAGGUUCAUACAACAUUCCAAAGGAAACGAGAGAUUAUUCUCCGAACCGAGAUAAGCAAAUUGCAAGGGUCCAACCCUCAAAACCUGAUGAGAACAACAGCAGCACUGGAAGCAGUGUUGGGCGACUGGCGGGGUAUACGAGGGAGCAACUGCAGGGAGCUGUAGACCGUGUACGGCAGACACCACGACCGCUCUCCACCGAAAAUGUGAAUGAUGAUAAUGGUUUCCUUGACGUAUCAUCAGGGUUAGGAUCUCGCCCUCGUAGCUCAUCGCAGUACGACCCACCACCUCUGCCUCAGUCAGACAGAAGGGGGCCGCCGUAUUACACCGCUGAUAUUGCCCCGUUCAAACCACCAAGAGACAGUCGUGGUAGUGCUAACAGUUCGGGGAGGGGCGGUCCACGAGACUUUCAUCGGUCACGAGGGGACGAAACAGGCCCUGAUUCCGUGAGUCAUAGCAGUGGGAUAGGGAGCCGUAACACGUCACACAGCAAUGGCUCGUUUCCCAACCGCCUGGGGAAGAACAGCAUUUCCUACAGCUCUCUGCUGACUCCUCAGGAUCAGGAUUUGAGCCAGGACUCAUCUCCCUUCUUGGAAGGGAGUUCAAGUCACCGGCGAGACACUUCAGGGGAUGAGAACUAUGAGUUUGAUUCAAUCAAUGCACUCGAAAGUGACAUUCUUGAUGCAUUGAGAAACUAUUCCCAGCUGAGCGGGUCCGGACCCCAAUCGGAUCACCUUGGGCCAGAAAGUUUUAAUCAUUUGUACCCGAAACCAAGGAGGCAAAGUCGGUAUGCAGACUCAGAACAACGAUUCAACCGUCUUCGCGAGGAGUUCAAGAAAUACCGGGCACAGCAGGACACGGUGGAACCGAGGGGAGAUAACUCACGUCCACUUUACCCCAUGGAUAGCGAGAUGUUGUGAUACCAGUAUCGCAAACAUCUUCAUGUAGGUCACAAGUAUAAGUGCUUCUUCAUAAUAUAUCACCAUAGGAAAAAGACAUUGUCAAUGACACUUCAUAUCUACAGCAAUUCCUUCAUUGUUUACAGUUUAUUCCACAAGGGAUUAAUGGAAAUAUUCUUGACAAGUUAACUUGUAUUGACCUGCGGGAAUACCUCCAAAGCAGCUGAAUUCCACAGAUGUUGAUUUCUCAGGUCAAUGUUGGAUGGUAUUCUCCAUCUUCUGUAGAGAUAUAGGGACAUAUCAUACUAUUUACAUAUACUGUAUGUAAGGUCUGACUUCUUUGUUGUUUACUCAUUUUUGGACCUUCAAAAUGAAAAAAAAUAUAAACUUUGAAGUUCAAAUUACUGUUUUCGAUUUUCUCACAUGAUCUGUCAGAAUUCAUUGAGUUUUGAAUUUUUUAAGACAUAUUUUCAACAGGUUUUGAUAAAAGUAUUGUAAAUAAUUUGUAAAGGCUGAUUUGUAAAGUAAGUUUUAACAAGUCUGGCCUGACAUUAUGAUGUAUCAUGCAGGACUAGAAUUAACCCUAUCAGAAGUUGGGGACUUACCAACCUUACAUACAGUUUGCUAAAUAGGAAUGAUGGGAAUAUAAGGGUUAAAUAACUUGGGUAAAAGAUACACUAAUAAUCCCAGAUAUGUCAUGUAUACUUGUUACAAAAAUUGUUUCUUUUUCAAAUUUAAUUUCAUGAAAAAUAUUGAAGGUUUUGAACAUAAGAAUCAUGUAUAUUUUGGAUUAAGAAAGAUGAUGUAUUUCAAAAAAAAAUUCUAAAUCUGUUAAAUUGUUUAUUGAGUUAUAUAUAAGGACAAAGUUUUACCUCAAACUUAUUUCUAACGUACACAGUAUUGUUCAAAUAGAACCAGGGGUGUUCAAAUACCAAAAUUGUUAAGUAAACUUAAAAUAUUCUCCCUGCCCAGGCUGAUUUUCAGCUGGCCCUGCUAUAUCAGAGAAAAGAAGAAAACUUUGAUUUAUCAACAAAACUUCAUAAACUGAAGCAACAGCUAACGGAUGAUGUGCAGAAUAGAUAAAUGACGAGUCAGGUACUUCAUCUGCAGUUGACAAACACACGAUGCAUCUUCUAAGUUUCAAAGUUAAUCCCACCAAUUUUAAUACUCACCUGAGGGCAACUAAAUAAUAUUUUCCCACUUACUCAGCACUUUAUUUUCACAGGUCAGGCAUAUUAAUUGAACACCCCUGAAUACUGAGUUUUGUUUUUAUUUAGAAAUUAGACGUAAAAGCUAUGCCAAAUGAAUACAUUGGUGAAACGUAGGCAACAGUGGCCCCCCUGAGGAUGUGUGCAAUAUUAACCUUGUUGUGUUUACAUAUGUCCGCAUUCUGCAAUGAAUUCAUCCAAUCGAUUGUGAGAGUGCCAGGUUUAUAUAAUACUAAUGAUGUAUAUAUCUCAAUAUACUUAAAUGUCUUGUAUUGAGAAAAUGCUUUAUUGACGUUUAUUGCCAUGGAUACAAAGUGUGAUCUGUGUGGUUUAGUUACAAUCUUCCAUUGUUUUUAAAUGGAAGCCUAUCUGUUAGUGCUGUACAUAACACAUUUAUAGCUUGAUUACCAUGGCGAUGAGUAUUGCUGUUUGGUUAAGAUGUACUUUCUGAAAGUAGUCGGUUUUAGUGACGAAUUCACCUAUGCAGAGCAUCAAAUUAUGUAGAUCAAAAUGGAAUGUCGCAUAUAUUUGUAAUUUCUAGCAUUUAAUAGGAAUAAUUAAUUAAACUUCAAUAUGAUGUAAUGUAAGACGUUUUACAUUUUCAAAAAUUGUCAUUUUUAUCGAUUGUUAACAAACUGUCAUAAUUCCUUAAGAUACCAAAUACACAGCUGUUUUUGUAGACUUGUUUGUUUCUGAAGUAUGUUGUUGAUAUUAGACAUGUUAUCACAUUUGUAUGUGAGAUGUGAUAUUAUUACUUGUAGUAUAUCACUGGGCGUACAGAAGCGUUUAUACACAGAGUGAAUGGUAUUAUUUUUUAAACCAGCAUGACUGCAGAUGUACAGCGUAUCCUGAAUGACAAGGUUGUACGUUUGACAUGACUAUUUGCCUGAAUGUCCGAUUUCUCCCAUGAUGUACGACUUUCACAAUUGCCAUGUACAUGUUGGUCCUGCAUCCCCCAUCCCCACAUCAAUCGACUUCACAUAUCAAAGAUUUUUUACAAAGAUCAACUUUAUAUCAUAUCAGAUGUCCCCACUAUGCUACUCAGCUUUUGAUAAGGAGACUGAGCUGUUUACUAUUUACAUAUACAUAUUAGUAGUAAUAAGUUGUUGUACCACGCUGGGACUUUCCCAACAGAAGGUGGGUAGAAUAUAUAUAUAUGUCCGACUGAGUGUAUCCAACUUGUGUUGUGUGUUUAUGUGAAGGUUAGUGUAAUAUAUUUGUUAAACUAUUUAAUUUAUUUGAAGAGGUAAUGAUAGUGUUUGAUUUGCUGGUUGGUUUUAGAGUACAAAUUUGGAUACAAUGUUUUCGAUAUUUGGACCAUCGUUGACGUAUCUGCCAUGGGUUGUGUUAUUGGUGUUACUAUUGCUGUUGAUCACAAUGGGAGUUUCCGUCUCAUGCCUACUGUGUAGGACGGGGCUGAUGACCUUGAGUGACCUUGGUAACACAGUCAACACCAGACUUUUUUUUAUCAAACCCAUUCUGCAACGUAAUUUUUACGAGUGUUACCGCCAUCAUAUAGCUGGGAUAUUGCUGAGUGCGGCGUUAAUCAACAAACAAACAAAACAAAUUUUACGAGUGUUGACCUUGGAUUGACCUUUGUUGACCUUGGUAACUUAUAAAACCCUGAACUAAAACUGUAUAAUCUUGGACCAUCAGUAUUUCCACAUGGACUGAGACUUCGAGAUGUUGGUUAUAUCAAUGUUGGAAAAAGCAUUGUCUUUUAUUUCUUCACUCCAAUGUUAAAAGUUGGCAUUGAGAUUAAGAACAUACACUGGCAAAUGUUUUAUGAUUUUCAGACCCAAAUGAAGACUUUAUGUCUAACAAAUUCAAUUAGUACCCUGGUAAAUUCAAAUUGCAUUCUCAUUUGGCUGGGCAGUGUACAAUAUUUGGGUUUUGCUGGGCUGGGCAGUUUACAAUAUUUGGGUUUUGCGCCCUAUGGAAACAUUUGUGGUCGUUAGGUAUAGAUACUGAAGGUACUGUGAGAAUGAGAUGUGUGUUUACAGUGUAUAUUAUAUUCAAUCAAGCCUUACAUUAAUUGUAACUUUUACUCUGUAAGUUUAAUGUGAGGAAUAAGUAUUUUUGAUUGACACAUGAAGUCAGUCUUGCUCCGAAUCUCAUGAACUGACCAAAGUCAGCACUGUAGUUAUCAGGGACGGUCGUGUCGCAGCCAAACAUGCAUCUUCAAGGCAUAAUCUGUACCGAGAAAUCCAGUGGUCUCAUCACUCCACAUCUCAAUCGACAUAAACCUUGCAAUAUUAUCACCAACCCAUCUCUUUUUUUAUUUCAUAAGUGCUUUUUAUAUUUCUGUUUUAGAAGUCAAAAGAAAUGCCAGACAUGUUGCACUUGAAUAACAGCAGGUUCAUGUGUCUGCUUGGUGUUUUGAUGGUCACACCUUUUGGCAAGUUUUAUUUGACUGUUGACUUUGAAUUAUGUUUAAUGCUUUAUUUAAGAACGUAUCUCAAUAAAGUUCUGUGUUGUAUGCAGGUAAUUUUCCGGAUUUUCUUCUGGAACAUCAUCAGCCAAUGAAAUGCUAAGCAUAGAUUUUCAUGUAAUAAAAUCAGCCAAUGAAAAGCUUUGCACAGAUUUUCUUCUGGAACAUUAGCCAAUGAAUGCUAAGCAUAGAUUUUGUUGAAAGAAAAUCAGCCAAUGAAAAGCUUAGCUCAGAUCUCUUUGUAGAAAAAACAGCCAAUGAAAUGCUAAGUACAGAUUUUCUUGUCGCAAAAUCAGCCAAUGAUGGAAUGGAUGCAUGGAGUUGGGCUGUCAAUAUCAAAGUACAGCACACAACCAAAGAGUAUCAUUAUGAACAGAGAGGGAAGGAUAUGAGGGUUAUUACUGGGGGAUCUGCUGAUUGCUUUGUGCUAAUUUGGAACCUUUCAUAAUUGAAAUGAAUGAGAGACAGUGUAAAUUUUGAAGUUGGCUUUGAAUGGUAUACACUAUACAUCUCAUUAUAGAUUACCACACUCUACUGAUACAUCAGCAGUAGCACCCGUGACGAGGUCAUGCAUGUGUCCAUGAGCUGAACACUGCCAGAGGUUGUUUUGUUUCUAGGAUCUCUGUGUUGUCAGUCUUACAGCUGGGAGAUGUGUAUAUACAUGCAUCCACUUACUUUGACAUACGGCGUAGAUACGUCUGGACUGUGGAAAUAACACAUUGUUUAUCUUGUCCAUAUACACGUCCAUAGUAAAACUUCAUUUGUCCGGAGACAAAGUCUACUUGUUCAUUUUUUUUUAUACCAAAAAUGAUGUUUUUUAUCACAAAUUUGGCCUUUUACUGCAGGUGGAUUUUGUUUUGACAAUGAUUAAUCUGUUUUCUUGUCUGAAUUCAUCUAUAGGCCUGUCCUGAGGCAUGAUCAAAAUCGGAACUAAAAAGUACAAAAUAAUCUGUUUACACGAAACUAUAUUUAGUACUUUUACAAAUAUUUUAUCAAGAUUGACCAAAGGCCUGCUACAAUCUAAGGUUGCCUGCGGACAACUGAAGCUGUUUUAUUUUUUGUCCAGCAAUCUCACGUAACAAGUUGGACAAGGUGGUUAUUGAUUUUUUCACACCUUUUUUUGUAACAUGUACAAAGACAUAUUGAGAAACAGUUUAGAAAAAAAUAGCUUAGUGUAUCAUUCAGCCAGUUGAUGAUGAUCACAUCUUAUUGCCUGCAUUUAGUUGAUUUUUUAAAUAACAGUAGCAUUGAUCCUUAACUUGCUUAAACCAAUAUAUGUAUGGUAACGUCCUGUACUACAUACACCUUAUUGUAAGGUCAGGUUUUGGUUUUACAUAUUUUGAUUAAAAGAUUUAGUAUUUCCUCAAAUUUGUAACUUCAGUGCAAUGUUCACCACUAUCAUAUCGAUGAAUUAUUUCCGAGUGGCAUUAAACAAACAAACAAAACAGUGUUAAAUAGGCGUUAUGCUUGACAUAUUUUGAGCAGAAUGUCUCCCAGCUGUGAGCUAAUGUGUAUUUAUUUCUACAGUUGUAGUUAUGUAUAAUCCAGAAGAGACAUUAGACUAGGGAUGUGUGAGAGAGGAUGUAGAGGACUAACCCAGUUACAAGGCUGGAAUAAUAAACCCCUGAGUGGAGAGGAUGGUGUUUUGGAAUGACCAUAGGAAUAAUCAUGUGAUUUUAUGAAUUUCAUGUUUGUUAAAUUCUUCAGAAUUAUUUCCAUGAAAAACAUAUUUGAUUUCGUCUUUUAUUAUGUAGCUGAAGAGCUUCUCUGUAUUUAUGUGCAGAAUUAUUUUCAGUUAUUGCUUGUCUUUUAAUCAAAGAGAACAGGGGACUUGAGGACAAUCCUUCAACUCUGGCUAUUUUUAAUGGCUGCAUAUAACUGAUUAUAACGCCAAAUUGGUGUUGUUCACAACUGUCUUGAACAGUUUUCCAUAUCAUCAGAUUACCGGUAAUGCUUGAUUUAGUAUCUCAUACAUGUGGGGCGGUCAGGUAGCCUAGUGGUUAAAGCGUUCGCUCGUCAUGCCGAAGACCCGGGUUCGAUUCCCGACGUGGAUACUUUGUGUGAAGACCAUUUCUGGUGUCCCCCACUCACUCACUCUGGAACAUGUAUCACAAAUCAAGUUUUUGAAAGGCAUUCAGAAGUGUGAUACACACAAAGAAGAUAAUUUAUGGAUGUCAACUUCUGUAUUAUGAGGCACACAGUAUUCUCUUCCUUAUGUAUCACAAAGUAGAGACAAUUUAUGGAUAACAACUUCUUUAAUUUACUGUAAUGGCAACAUUUCCUGUUUAGAUCCUUAUACCUUUGUCAAGCUUGCCUACAAUGUCAUCUGUCAAUUUCU